ACAAGACAGCUCUGAAAAUCGAAUUUUUAGUCGAAUUUAAUGUAGCUCAAACAAUACGAGUGACCAAAGCAACAGUAAUGGCACAAUCCAAAGUAUGUACAGUUCUUGCCUUAAUGCUGAUGCUGCACGGCGUUUAUGGUUUGUUCAAUUUUCAGAUAUUUACAGACGAUGCGUAUCCAAAUAAAUGUGUGGUUGAUGGUGCCGAAAAUAAACGUUUGAUCAUCGACAGUGGCAAAUCGGCAAGACAUCCCGAUAAGUGUCUCCUAGUUGAGUGCCAUUUAAAUGGUUGGGCUCUAGUCUACCAGUGCAAACUUAAGCCACCACCCGCCUCCUGCAAGUAUUCUGAAGUCAAGAAACCAGACGCCCCAUUUCCCGAGUGCUGUGAAAUGGAUGUGACGUGCAAUGAAAUUGCUUGGGAUUAAAUGUGUUUUGAAAUGUUUCA